AUGGAGGUGCCUCUCAUCGAAGACGCUGUGCAUCAGCUCAAGCCGCGAAGAUCCAUGAGUGGCGGCGUGGGCUGGUGCACAGCGUCUUCGAUGACGCUACGCCUGAUGGCUGAGGAUCCGUUUUCCCGUCAGAAGACUGUGUCGGCGACUGGAGAGGGGAAUCGACAUCAGACGCCAAAAAAAUCGAAAGACUACCUGGAUCCCGUUUUGUCAAGGUUGGCUGCUACUGCUGAGGGCGACAGAAAAGAUUUGUUUGCACGACUAGAGCUAACACGCCUGGGUCGAGGCCACACGGUCGCACCCGCACAGCUUUUCGAGAACUUUGACAUUCCGGGUCAUGGGUUGCUACCUUCAUAUCUUGUCGUACUGAACGCACUUCCUGAGCCGCCGUCCACCAGCUCCAUCUGUCGUAUUACCCCAAGCCCAACGACGCGGGAGGUCUCCAUGCGACUUAGGCCAGGCCCAGAGGCCGCAGCCCCGAUGCUGAGGACAAAGAUAUGUCCGGGGUCUGCAGGUCAUCUUCAAUUCCGCUUUGAAGGAAGCCCCUUGGAUCGACGAGGCACUGUUUUCUCCGGCAACGACAAAGACCGCUCUUUACGGCUGGUCUCGUCUAUGGCUUGGCGCUUCAUGCCACCCGAAAUUCUGCUGGCAAGCAACCCCGCUCGACCGACUGAGUGGAUUCACAACUUCGCAGGUCUCGCACCAUGGACUACGCCGGUUAGUGCAUCGCCGCACCUGCCCGAGUUCGAUGUGUCUCCUCCCAAACGACCAAGCCCAGGAACACUCCCUGGGAAAACUCGUACGAUUAUAUUGUUUGGAUGGAAUCUUGCGCCUCCGUCGUGGAAAGGACUAUACCAGGACGGCAAAACUGUCUGGUUCGGCGUCAAGACUUACAGACGAUAA